GAAGCCCAGGAGUGUUGGGCAAUUGUGGUUUUCCUUCCAGCCAGCGAGACCCAGCUGUACCGGCCUAGCCUGGGUGUUUGGGGCCUCAUCAGCACAGGCAUGGAGGAGACAGUGGUGCGGCCUUCAGUGUUCGUGGUAGACGGACAGACGGACAUCCCAUUCACAAGGCUGGGGCCCAGCCGCUGGAAAAAAACCUGCAGUGCUGCCCAGCUGGGUCUGGGGCUCCUGCUGCUGCUGCUGGUGGCCGGGAUGGCAGUGCAGGGCUGGUUUCUGCUGCAGCUGCACCAGCGCCUGGGACAAAUGGUCACCCCACUGCCGGAGAGCGACCCGUGGUCCCGGGAAGAGCUGAUCCCAGAGCGGAGGUCCCACCAGGCCAACCCGGUAGCACAUCUCACAGGGGCCAACUCCAGCUUGACUGGCAGCGGGGGCCCGCUGCUGUGGGAGACGAAGCUGGGCCUGGCCUUCCUGAGGAACCUCCACUACCGGGAUGGCGCCCUGGUGGUUGCCCGAGCUGGCUACUAUUACAUCUACUCCAAGGUGCAGCUGGGCGGCGUGGACUGCCCUAAAGGGCCGUAUGGUGGCCUGCCCAUUACUCAUGGCCUCUACAAGCGCACACCUCGCUAUCCUGAGGAGCUGGAGUUGCUGGUCAGCCGGCGGUCGCCCUGUAGGCCAGGGACCAGCCCCCGAAGGUGGUGGGACAGCAGCUUCCUGGGUGGCGUGGUGCACCUGGAUGCUGGGGAGGAGGUGGUCGUCCGGGUGCCAGAUGAGCGCCUAGUCCGGCUCCGCGAUGGCACCCGGUGCUACUUCGGGGCGUUCAUGGUGUGAAGGAAGAAGUGACAGUGGACUGGAUGGGCUCUGAUCACAGAGGUUCCCAGGAGACAGAGAACCAGCAAGCAGAGACCUUGAAGGAUGUCCCAGGGACCCCAAAACCCAGCAGUUGGGAAAUCACCACCAGAGGCCAAGAACCCGGCCAUGCUAAGAGGCUGGAGACUCAGAGGGCACCUCUGGAGAGGACCGAAAAAAAUUGCAGAGCCCACCACGGACAACAUUGAAGACAAAGACCCAGAGACAUGAGGUCUGUGGGCCUCCAAACAGGGUAAAGCUGAUCUGCCUGAUAUUCAGGAAGGAGGGGUGGGGUGGGUAUUUAUGCUCCUGAUUCCGAGGAAAGUGGGACUUGGGCAGGGGGUCCAGGGACUUGUCUGAGAACAGAAAACAUCCCCCCUCCCCACUCCCACAAGUAUGAGUGGAAGGAGUGGGAUUUAUCACCCAGACUCAUCCAUGUGGAGAGCCCAACCCCACCCAUGGUCACAGUCAUACUCAAGUUCCUCCCACAGGCUGUGGUCACACCUCGGCCUAGUCACGCAAAGUGACACUCAGAGGCACAGGCACGGCGUGUGCUGGUAAAUGUUUGACCACCAGCUUUUCCUGGAGGGAAGGGGCUUCCUGAAUCUGCCCAGUUCCGAGGUAUGAAUGCUCCCACCGAGGCUGGUUGCUGGCUGCAUCCCGGCCCUGCUGAGCAGCCACAUCCAGCUAGGACACCACAGCUGUGCGUCGGCACCCAGGCCAGGGCCUGGUACAGUGGGCACUCAGAAAAUAUUUGAAGAUGGAAGGAAGGAGCAGAGGGAGAAGAGAGAAACGGAGACAGAGACAGGGGCACCUACCACAUCACAGAGCAUCACACAGCUCCACAAUCUCACCCUUUCCCAACGACAGAAUCCAGCACACAAAGCAUCAGUUUCUCACACAACCACAUACAAGUCAUAGACAGCAGCACAAACACUUGGUCACUGACACUUCUUGAUAACUACACAUGACACAACACACAAGUCAUCACCCCAACCCCAGGCACUCAUGUGGGCCGUGCAGUCACACACAUGAUCAUCACAUCAGACUUCCACCUGCCACAUCACAGUCGGACUCAUCACAUGCGCACGGCAUUGCGAUGGCAAGUGCGCUUCACACACACACCCCGAGGCUCCUCUCAGCCAAGAGAACACAUUCUGGGGUGAGGACCCGGCUUUGUCUGUCACCCUGGGCCCCUGACCACCGGUCUUGGAAUAAAUAGCAAAUGUUGUUUAUUCAUCUGGGUCCAUUAGGGCUAGGGUGGCUAGCAGAGACAGAGAAGUAGACGGAAUGACCUCCAGAGGUCACUUUACAGAUAAGAAACCUGAACCCAGAUGGCUCAACUCCAUGUGGCAAGCUUGGGGAAGAGCAGAGACCUCAUGCCUGGAUCUGCCUUCCCCUCAAAUCCACAGUUCCUGAGGAAGUGGAGGCUACAUCCUGCCCAGCACCCUUAUUGCAGACUUCUGGUACAGAGAGGCAGUUUGGAAGCGUGGAGUGGCUGGGAGCCUGGGAAGAGUGGGGGGGAGGGGCAGUAAGGAUAUGCACAUAGGUGGUCUGUGCGAAUGAACACAUAUGGUGGUGUGGCUGCAGGAAGUCCUACCUCCAAAGACCCUAGGACAAGGGAUCA